AGUCGGCCGGAGCAGGAAAAGACUCCGUACACACACCCACCAAGUGUUUAUCUGCGCUUAAUCACUGAUACACAUCGACACAGAUGAAUAAUGGGCAGCUAAUCAGCUCCGUGUGACUCAGCUCCGCUUUUCUUCCGAUUCCUGCGCGCCUCGGCAGCAUCCCGCGCCCUCCGCUUGGCUUGAAAUGGGAUGAUAUGGGAUUUUUCAUGUCGACGAAGAUCGGAGGGAUUCUUGCGUUUGCCUUGGUUUUCCUCUGCCUGGCGGUGUCAGGAGACCCUGCAGAUGUGAAGUGUGAAAACAUUUAUAAAGACUUCUCCGACUGUGUGCUUGAGCUGGGAGAGAGCAUGGACAACUAUCAGGAGAACGUGACCAGUGAGAGGGGAGUGGCAGCUGUGUGCAGCCACUGGGAAGCUUUCCACACAUGUGCCCUCACAGCGCUGUCCGACUGUCAGCAGGAAGUCAGCUCCAUCUGGGAAACUCUGAGGCAGGACUCCAGGAAAAUCCGCUUCCAGGGGAGUCUGUUCGAUCUGUGCAGCCCUAGCUCCUCUCCCAGUUUAAGUUUACCCCCCACUACCCUCAUCCUGCCCUUGAUAGGCGUGCUGAUCAUGACUGGGUCGUCUGUAUAG